AAUGCUAUUGAACAUCUCUAGCACGCUGGACAUCUCGGGCCAAGCCACCUUCACCCUCGUCAACGCCCUCACCCACUACCCGCUGGCCAUCGACCCGUCCCUGGCCUACUUCCCGCUGCGCGCCGCCCCGCCCUCCUCGUUCAACGGCACCCCCACCGUCCUCGAGUUCCAGUUCCGCCAGUCCGACUAUGCGGGCGAGUACAACGUGUGCGCCGCCUUUUCGGGCCUGUCGUACUGCCUCGACGUCUUUGGCAACGACAAGUACAUCCCGCACCUGUCGGCGUGGGGGGAGCACUCGGGGCAAUACUGGAAGGUCAACGUGACCCGCCAGGGUCUGGAAAUGUCAAACGAGUGGUCCGGCAGCGACUAUUUCCUCGACGUGCUCCCCACCACUUACCAGGGCCAGAUGACCAACGGCGGAGGCUCAGGGCAGCUGUGGUUCUUGAAUCAAACCGCGACCAAUGCCACACUGCCCCCCUUCGCCCCCGAUAGCUCAUCUUUGGCCAACAAGAAACCGUACGGCCUCACCACAGGGGGCAUAAUCGGAGUCAGCCUGGCGGGCGGCUUCAUCAUAUCGUCGAUACUCCUCGGGAUCCUGGCCUUCCUCUACCGGCGACGACGCAAACGGCAGCGACGGCUCCGCGAAAUCGACACGGCCGCCGCCGCAAAGGCCGAAUACAGCGCGGCGUCCAGCCCGCCCGACUCGCACCACUACCACGUGCCGCCCGCGCAAGCCGAGGUGGCGGAACUGCACUCGCCGACGAACCCGACGACGCCGCCGUCCCAGCAGCACCAGCAAACGACGCUGUACGAGCUAGCCGCGGCGUCGGUGGACGACCUGCGGCGCCCGGAAACGCCCGACCCGGCGUCGCCGCCGCCGCAGCUCGACGACAAGGGCAUCUACUCUGCGAUGGCCUCGUGGCCCGGCUCGCCGUCGACAAUCGACGACAGCCCCGUGACGCGCGGCCGCAACGCGCGGUGGGAGGAGGUGGUGAUGGUAGAGAACGGCGAGCUGGUCAGCGUCGAGGACGCGCGGCGCUACCUCGACGCAAACGGGCACUUCCGCGUCGGCGGCGGCGAGUCCAGCGCUGCGGGGGGCGGCGCAGCAGCGCGCUUCUGCUCGUCGGCGGCGGCCGCGGCCGGCGUCCCGCCCCACGCCACGUCGAGCAACGGGUACAACCACGUGCCGUCGGAGCUGGACGCAGGGCCGCCGGGCUACGCCGAGUGGGUGAUUAGCGGGGCGGUGCCGGGCAGCGGACAGGUGCACGAGGCGGGCGGGAGAGAGAUAUUGGUGGCGCGCAAUGAGCGGCGGCGGUCGCGGGCACGGAUAAGUCGGUGAGAAGGGAAGGAAGAAAGAAAGAUCGUGGCGAGAGUGCACGAGCGUAUGAAGCUGGCGAAAGAGCUGGUUUAAAGGACUGGUUUGGAAGGGCGGCUUUUCUGAUUGUUUGGUCUUUUUUUCAACGGCGUAUCUACCGGGGCGGCAUCGGCUGCGUACUACGGUGCAGGGCAGAGCAGGGCGUUAUUGCUUUUUUUUUUUUUUUUUUUUUUUUUUU